ACAAGAGCAAACGUUGAGCGACUUCACCGACCGACGGAGCGGCGGAGAUCUCCAAUACCAGUUCGCAUCCGAUCCCCUCCGCAUCUCUUCCUUCUCCGGCGAAGGCCGCCGUAAACCUCUCUGCAUCUCUUUCCUCCUCUGGAAGGUUUCGUUGUUUGUUGCGAUAUUACGGAGCUGAAUCUCUCUCGCCAUUCCAAUUCCCGUUUGGAGCUACCAGCUAGCAUCCACAGCUAGCAGUGGCUAUUGCAUCUCCUUCCUCGGGGACUGGAGAUCUCCGCCGCUCCUUCCUCGGGGACUGGAGAUCUCCGCCGCUCCUUCCUCGGGGACUGGAGAUCUCCGCCGCUGUGAGACCGUGCUUGACCUUCGACCAUUUGAAGCUCAGGCGAGGACUAGAAUAUUGUGGAGGCAUGCACAGCAAGGGAUCGAACAAUCGGCUGUCCGGGAUGGUGACGCGGUACCGGAUUUCUCACCUGAUGCUCUCAAUGAUCGCUGCCUUCGCUACGAUAUACGUGGCCGGCCGACUGUGGCAGGAUUCACAGAGCAGGGUUUUUUUGAUAAAGGAGCUCGACAGGAUAACUGGGCAGGGGCAAUCUGCUAUAUCAGUGGAUGACGCGCUGAAAAUUAUUGAGUGCAGGGAACAGCAUAAGAAACUAUCAGCUCUUGAGACAGAGUUGGCUGCAGCUCGACAAGAGGGCUUUGUGUCAAAGCAUUCAGCCGACACCUCGGGGAAUCAGUCUAAGAAAAAGCCGCUUUUAGUGAUAGGGGUAUUUACAGCCUUCGGCCGCAAAAACAAUAGGGAUGCAAUCAGAAAGGCAUGGAUGGGAAAUGGUGAAUCACUGAAAAAAAUGGAGAAUGACAAGGGUGUCAUUGCAAGAUUUGUCAUUGGAAAAAGUUCCAACCAGGGGGACAGCUUAGAGAGGGGUAUUGAGGCUGAAAACAGGCAGAGCAAUGAUUUCAUCAUAUUGGAUGACCUUGUGGAGGCCCCUGAGGAAACUUCCAAGAAGGCUAAACUAUUCUUUGCUUAUGCUGCUGAAAAGUGGGAUGCCGAAUUCUAUGCCAAAGUGAAGGAUGAUAUUUAUGUAUAUAUUGAUCCCUUGGCGGCUUCUCUUGCAGCACAUUUGGACAAGCCUCGUGUUUAUAUUGGGUGCAUGAAGUCAGGCGAAGUUUUCUCUGAGCAGGGUCACAAAUGGUAUGAGCCAGACUGGUGGAAAUUCGGUGAUAAGAAAUCAUAUUUUCGCCAUGCUUCUGGUGAGCUAUAUGUUAUCUCACAAGCUUUGGCAAAGUUCAUAUCUAUAAACAGAUCUAUUCUCCACACCUAUGCUCACGAUGAUGUCAGUGCUGGUUCCUGGUUUAUUGGGCUCGAUGUCAAGCAUGUGGACGACUCGAAGUUCUGCUGCUCCUCAUGGUCAUCAGGAGCAAUCUGUGCAGGCGUUUAGAGUCGCCAUUUGAAGAUAUUUGGACAUUUUACCAAAGAUGAGCUCGCUCCUUUAGAGCUCCAGCCCCUGCCCUUUUAUUGCUUGAAUGAAUGAUCAUAUGUGCUCCAUCCCCUUCACCGGAUGACUUAUAAUGUCGAAUGAUUCGGAAACAGAUAGAAAGGGAUGAUGAUUUCCAUAUAGGACUUAACCUUCAGCCAUGGCUUGAUCGCUGGAUCAGACAGUAGUGUUGGGCACCUGACCUGAUGUACAAAUGAGUAUCAUUCUUUCAUUUAGAAUCGGGCUGAGAACUGAUUCUUGUAAUUGAAUGUCACAAAACUUGUUUCCUAUACUGUAAGCUAUGUACAACAGAGAGAUUUUGAAGAAUUAUACUUACAGUUGUGAAUUCUGAGAUGUUCUAUAUGACACGGGAUGGUCAUCACA